GGAAGGAGAAGUAGUGUUUCUCUCUGUAGCUCAUUUACACAGGCUGCACAGGAAGAAAGAACUCUGUUUGUUCGCAUUUUUUACUGUAUGUGUUCCACAGCAAAAACAGUAGAUCUGGGACCUGAAAUGGACAAACAUCCUGUUACCCACAUAACAAAUAUGCAGGAGAGAAGACAGAACCUACUGGGAUCAGGAUUCAUGUGACAGUACAAACCAGGAGACAACAGAUUAUUUGUGGCCUGCAUCGGGGAGAACAUUUUUCCUGAGGAAAUGUGGAUAUAAACCCCAGUCCUAAAAUGCUCCUCGCUCUGCAAUCUGUUCUCCUAACAGCAACACUUCUCCUCUCACAAGGAGAACAAGACGUCCCCCAGCAAGUGACUGGUGUGAUAAGCCUGUCUGUGGAUCUGUCACCGUCUGUGGAUCGGACAUGUUCUGUAUCUGCAAUGUACUGGAAUUUCCAGUCCUACAUACUGGCCAGUUUCACCAAUCAUCAGCUCAGCACAGUGAAUAAGCAGUUUGAUAAGAGGCUGGAGAUGCUGCACGAUGGGAGAACACUGAGGAUCAGUCACCUGAGGAUGGAGGACAGUGGCCUCUACCAUGUAACCAUAACGUGUACAGGUGGAGAAGAAUAUAAGUCAUCAUAUAAUGUCACUGUGUUUGAACCUGUUCCUCAUCCAUAUAUAAGGAAUGAAUCAGUGAAGAACACAACUAACUGGUGUAAUAUGACUCUCCAUUGUUCCGUCCCAACAAACACAUCAGCCUUGUCCUACACCUGGAAAUACCGACACAGAGACACUGAGUAUCAGGUGUAUAAUAAUGGUGACACCAUCCAGGUGUCACUGCAGCCAGAGUCCUGGGACAUGGAGCUCCUGUGUGUAGUACACAACCCAGCAGAUCAGAAGAACAUCUCUUUCCAUCUACAGGAGAUCUGCCCUGAUGUUAGUAACAGAAAUCUGCAUAAAAUGGAUAAUCAGCGCAGUUAUUAUGCAACAUUCGCCUUAUGUCUAAUAUUACCAUUGAUACUUAUUGGAUGGUUUUUAUUUAAAAAGAAAAAAAGAAAGAAAGAGCCAAUCAGAGACCCCCCGGAAGAAAUUCAUUAUGCUGAUCUCAUGUUGGGGUCACAGAAUCUCUGCGGUCAGGUUCCUGAUUCUAGACAUGCUGGAAGUCACUCCUCACAGAAAACAAGUGAUGCAAUCGUCUACAGUGUUCUGAGACACGGGCCAGAGAUAAAAGGCACAGAUGUACAUAAUACACAGCAUGUAUAGUAUCACGCCACCUGCGUAUGACGUUAUUCACACAGAGUUUCCAAUGCCCCCGCAGCAUCACCACACUGGCUGCGGACGAGGAGAAACAUACAGCAGCGUCUUCCUAUGAUACUGCUGCUCAGUGUGUGUGUUACGCUGGGAGUGCCACCAGUGCCGUGUAAGGGCAGCCCUGUGCCAUGUGCCACACUGCCCACUGAGCACAUAACGUCAUGAUAUUGCACUGAGUGGGCGGAGCCACGAGCACUGGAAAGCACAGCACUUCUGUACAGGCUGCUGCGGGUGUGCCCGGUUCAUCCAAAGCACGUUCCGGAUGGCACUGCAGCAGCGAUACUGCACUAAUACUGACUGUGCACUAAUUAUACAUUAUACAUAUGUUACGCUACACUGCACAGGACUGUGGUGUAUUCUCUACAGUGCAUUGCUGUUAUUAAUCCGGUGCAUUAUCAUGCAUGCACUAGCAGUAUUUACUAUAUAUCUUUAUAAAGGGGCCCAGACCAUGCACUCUUUAAUGGUUAGGCAAACUAAUGUGACAGCUGGCCACACCCCAUCUAGAGACUGGCCACACCCUUAAACAUGGUUCCUUACCACUGCAUUCCCCCGUUGGGCCCUUCACGCCCUUGUCCGACACUGCACAGAACCCUGUCUAUAGCUAUUUCACUGCCAGAAAUCACCAUAGUAUAUGAAGCAGCUUCUAGCAUGCAGUCACUGCCAAAAUAUCUGUGCAUUUGGUCAGGGUCCUACCCAUGCCUAUCCGGGGUUUUGAACUCCUGCCCAUGGAUGGACCUUAUUUACUGAACUGAGGAAUCCUGAGAUCUGUUUGUUUACUGACCACGGGCAGCUGCCAUUCUCUAUAUGACACCCAGCCUUCAGAGUACUUAUGCAUCCUCGCCUUCUCCCAGCUGUAACCGGCAGGACCAGCAAGCACUGCAGACAGCUUCUAUACAUGUAUCAUAAACCAGUGCACAAUCCUAUAAGCUAUGACUCCAGACCUGCCUGCACCCACGGUGUAUUGUCAUUGGUUCCUCUAGGAGCUGCCUCCUAUUGGGUGGUCGGUGUUUAUAUACAGUCACCUCCACCCCUUGGGUCCAGUGUUUCCUGGAGUGCAGAUGCCAUCGUGACAGUGGCGUGUAAAGUACAGCACGACAUAUACAGACGCAGUGUGUACGACAUAUACAGACGCAGUGUGUACGACAUAUACAGACACAGUGUGUAUCGGACUGCAGCAUAUCACUGUAUUAUUCAGUUACACUGACAUCACUGUAACACGCCAGUACCUCGCCUGGCUUCUCCACUAUAAGGUGCAGGUGAUCAGUUUACUUUUAGAUCCGAGAUAGUGGAUAGCUUGUGAAAUAAACAGUUACACUCACAAUGUUACAUAAGCGGGGGCUUCCCAACGUUGGUCUUCCAGGCACACUAACAGUACAAGUUUUAAGGAUAGCCCAGUUGAGCACAGUUGACUUACAGUAGUUUGUACGUCCGUUAUCUUGAUUUGACCAUCUGUGGUCAAGCAUUUCUAUCACUAAAACCUGGACUGGUAGUGUGCCUUGAAGACAGAGGUCGGGAAACUCUGGUUUAGUAGAGCUAUACGUGCCUUUAAAAUGGCUUCAGAAGGGGGUUGUAAGAGGGAAGGCCAAUCAGAAGCCACAAUGUCUAUGGUCCAGGAUUCUCAUCUCUCUCUAUCCAUCGCUCCGCCAAAGAGCCAUCAAUUUCAGCCAGGAUUGUGACAUUAACCACAGAGGCCAGGAAGGAGACUGAGUUAGUAAACGGGACUACUGUUACAAAGCCUAUUAUUGUGGUACCAUAAGCUAUAUGACAUUUAAUGCAUGUCAAGGAGGUUCUUGAUAUUUAUAUACAGGCGUCACGGAUGGAGAGCGGUUUUAAAAAUCCCAGCUGCCUGGAACACUUUGCAAGACAAUCAUUACACUGCAAUCACUAGCAGUGUGCACAGUGGUCACUGUUAUUCCUCCAUCCACAGAGAUGCUGGAACGUGAUACCAUGUUAGUAACUGGCUUUAGUCAAGGGACAGUAUUGGGAUUCACAGGCCGCUUCAGAUUAUUGUGAAAAACUCCACCAAUAAAGAAAUCGUUUUGGAAAUGAAUGUGAUAUUUCUAAUAA